GAACCUCAAAAGAACAAUGGGAAACACGACCAGAACAUAGACCUGGUCAAAGACUAAAUAACGUACAUACACAGUUAGAUUCAGAUAACGAGAAUAAUAGCGAUGGCUGUUAUGAAAUUGAUUUUGUCAGACCUACUACUACUGCACCGCGAGUUUUACCUAGCACAGGUUAUAGCAGAGUACAACAAUUACGAGACGGUGACAAUCGAGAGUCUAGGUACUUACAGCAACCAGAUGACUCUCGACAGACACCUCAGUAUACGAACCAACAGAGACCCGUUCAGGUUCAAGAGACACGAGACGAUAACGACUCAGACUCCACGUACUCACAGCAAUCCAGAGUUUUUCGGAACCAGAAUAGACCAUUCCGUAGGGGAAAUCGAGAUAGAAGUAACGGACGAGGUCGAGGAAGAGGACGAGGAUAUUAUGACAAUAACAGUUAUUAUCCACCAGAACUACUCGUCUUUUAUGACUAUGUACCUCGUCAAUAUCAGAUACCGUUUCAGCAACAACAACAAAACAAUUACGCGCAGCCUAUUUUAGGCUAUCCUACUGCAACAAAGAGAAAUACUGUGUCUAAUUCUUUUCAGGAUCGUCAAAUUAGCAAUAAUACUGCAACGAACAACAACAGUAAUGUUCAAAAUCAGCAGUAUAAUAUAAACAAACAAAAAACGUUUCGUCAAAAUAAAGUCAGUAAUAGAGGUUAUAAUGAUCCGAACUUGGUAUAUCGGAACAAUACUCAUCGAACUACUAAUGUAGUGCCAUCUCGGCCAUUUCAGGAUGGGUAUAGUAGUGAUCAGCAAUUUCAAGGUCAAAGAUAUAUACCCGAUCCACCUACACUAAAUCGAUAUGGAUCUGAUAUAAACCUCGUUCGGAACAAAAAUCAGCUACAGACGAGAGACGAUCAGUAUGAAGAUAUCUUUUCGAAUACUAUCGAAGAACAAACCCCUAUGUACUUUGAACAAAUUAAUCAGAAUUUGGCAAAAACCCAAAGUAUCUGA